AUGUUAGUGAAACAGCUCAAGCCUCAAAGCAGGAGCUUUUCGCUCUUUUGGAAGAUGCUUGCUAUGGAUCCACCUGCGAAAAAUAGUGAGCAGAGAUUAUACAACUGGGACGAAUCACCCCACGAGGAUAUACGAACACGUUCAGCCGUCAUCAGAGCUAGAGCAUCGUGUCCAGUUACUCACAAACCAGUUAGCUUUGUUUGUCCAUAUUCUGGUAUUCCAACACACGCUUCGGAAGAGGCAUGGAAACAGGAUACUGCCUACCAUAGCCAAAAGAGGUAUGAGGUGUUGAAGCAAGCCAACUUAUUUGAACAUCAGCAAAGGGAAAGGAAAUUUGAUAUUGUAUUUCCUGCAGAACAGGAGAAGGAGUUUGCGGUGAAUUUAUCCAGUUGGGAUACGUAUUUCUACACACGAGACUAUCCACCUAUGGAUGACUUUAUGUCGGGUGUUUACUCAAAACUCUUGACGUAUCCACUCACAAUUGGAUCAAUAUUGCACCAAUACUCGCCAUACAGGGAUAAGGAGAUUACUUUCGAAGGUGCAAAGAGUAUUGCUGCAUUGCGUUAUACCUUGUACUCUCAAAAGAAAGAUGUUAGUGAGUUCCACUUGAGGGAGAAGAUGAGAAUAUUUGUUAUUGGAGAAGGAGACGUGCCAGGCUUAGCAUGGAAGCAACUUGGAUAUUUAUUUGGAAACAAUAGAUUUGAAAUCUAUGUUAUUGGCAAUGAAAAUGCGCCACCAGUGCGCUAUGAUGAUCAGAUCACCAUUAUUCGACAUUCUUACCAGCACUUGAUCGAUGGUGCAUUAUUCCCAUUCGACCCAUAUUACGAUGUAUUUAUGCUUGGACAGCCUGGGUUUGGAUACAACGACGUAUUCUGGAAACAGAUUAUCAAGUGUUUGCUUGAGUCCAAGUGUGCUGCUUUUGUUACUGGUUACGAUAAAAACGAUAUUACACGUGAAAUGGCUUGGAUGGAACAACAUUUUAGUAAAGAUAUGGACCUUUUGAUGAAACCAACAGACAACAUAUUCGGUUGCACCAAACCGGAGAUCAAUGAUGCAAACCCUACAGAGACAUUUAAUAUAAAUAGUCAAGUCUUUGGAUUUAGAGGAAAGAGGUAUCACGCAAUUCAAGUGUAA